GCGACCUGCUCGAUGCCACUCAGUCAGGGAAUUUCAAGCAGCAGAGCACAGCGAAACCUGAAAGAUAUGGGACUCUCACAGGACCCCAACUUCCAAAAGCUGCAGGAAUGGUACACGGCCCAUGCCCUGAACCUCAACCUGAGGCACAUGUUUGAGGCCGACAAGGAGCGCUUCAACAAGUUCAGCCUCACACUCAAAACUGAGGAUGGAGACAUUCUUCUGGAUUACUCCAAGAAUCUCAUCACAGACGACGUCAUGAAGCUGCUGGUUGACUUGGCCAAGUCAAGGGGCAUUGAAGCAGCCAGAGAGAAGAUGUUCACAGGAGAGAAAAUCAACUUCACUGAGGGCCGCGCUGUGCUCCACGUGGCUCUGAGGAACCGCUCCAACGCUCCCGUCACGGUGGACGGAAAGGACGUGAUGCCGGACGUCAACAAGGUUCUGGAGAAAAUGAAGGGCUUCUGUCACAGAGUCCACAGCGGCGAAUGGAAGGGCUACACGGGCAAGGCCAUCACCGAUGUGGUCAACGUCGGCAUUGGAGGAUCUGACCUGGGCCCUCUGAUGGUGACCGAGGCCCUGAAGCCGUACUCGAAGGGCCGACCCCGCGUGUGGUUUGUGUCUAAUAUCGACGGAACGCACAUCGCUAAAACCCUGGAGCAGCUCGACGCCGAGACGACUCUCUUCAUCGUUGCCUCCAAGACGUUCACCACCCAGGAGACCAUCACCAACGCCGAGUCGGCCAAAGCGUGGUUCCUCGAACGCGCCAAAGAUAAAGCGGCUGUUGCCAAGCACUUCGUGGCUCUGUCCACCAACGCAGCCAAAGUGAAGGACUUCGGCAUCGACACGGAGAACAUGUUUGAGUUCUGGGACUGGGUUGGUGGUCGUUUCUCCUUGUGGUCAGCAAUCGGAAUGGCCAUCGCCCUGCACAUCGGGUUUGAGAACUUUGAGAAGCUUCUUUCUGGAGCUCACUGGAUGGACAACCAUUUCCGCUCCGCUCCUCUGGAUAAGAACGCUCCGAUCCUGCUGGCUCUGCUGGGAAUCUGGUACAUCGACUUCUUCCACGCCGAAACUCACGCCAUGCUGCCCUACGACCAGUACAUGCAUCGCUUCACUGCAUACUUCCAACAGGGGGACAUGGAGUCUAAUGGAAAGUACAUCACUAACCGUGGGACACGUGUAAACUACCAUACUGGGCCAAUAGUCUGGGGAGAACCAGGAACUAAUGGGCAGCAUGCUUUCUACCAGCUCAUCCACCAAGGUACACGCAUGGUGCCCUGUGACUUCCUGAUCCCAGCUCAGUCCCAGCAUCCCAUCAGAGACAACCUGCACCACAAGAUCCUCUUGGCCAACUUUCUGGCCCAGACGGAGGCACUGAUGAAAGGCAAAACCACAGAGGAGGCCAAAAAAGAGCUGGAAGCCAGCGGCCUGAGCGGAGACGCUCUGGAAACAAUCCUGCCUCACAAAGUUUUCCAAGGAAACAGGCCAACCAACUCAAUUAUUUUCAAGAAGCUGACGCCGUACACACUUGGAGCGCUCAUAGCAAUGUAUGAGCACAAGAUCUUUAUCCAGGGUUUAAUGUGGGAGAUCAACAGCUUUGACCAGUGGGGCGUUGAACUGGGCAAACAACUUGCGAAGAAGAUCGAGCCCGAGCUUAAGGACGAUGCAGAGGUCCACUCCCACGACUCCUCCACCAACGGACUCAUCAAUUUCCUCAAGAAGAACUUUGCCUGAGUCCAGUCGCCACAACGGCCUGCACUUUAUUCCGCCUCAUUAACCGUUGAAUCAGCUUGCGUGCUGCAAGGCCAGGGCGCCGGCAGACGCAGCUGAUCGCUCCCACACAGUCGAACUGAGGCACUGUCUGUUUGUGCUCUGCUUAGGAUUUUGUCCACAGUGUUGUCAUUUACAGCACUUUUAUUUGUAGUAGUUGUUGGUUCCCUACUGAGAGGGGGGAAAGCUUUUUGUAUCAAAGUGCCACAGAAAUGAAGUUUCUGGACUGAAUACCUUAGAUGUUUAUCGUAAAUCUAACAAUUGUUCACUUUGGUUAAUAAAUAAAACUAAUUUGCAUACA